AUGCGGGAGGAGGAGGAGACUCUGGAGAGUGGAGGAAGUGGUGGUCGCGGUGGGUCCCGCUCUCACUUGUUGUGGGCCGCUGCCAGCGCGGCCCAGUUGGGUUGGGCGGUGGUGUCGUCCCGGAGAGGUUGCGCCGGAAAUUCCACGACGAUGCCUUUCAAGGCCUUUGCCGUUGCGUCCCUCUACGUCGGCUCCAUCGCCACCGCGGGCGUCGCUGGCCUGCAAGCCUCUGGAAUCCGCAAGGUGGAGGAUCUAGUAGAGCUGGGUGCAAACAUAAGAACUGGACUUGGGGUACCUCAGAGGACAAGAGACGAAUAA